UGUAUCGAAAAACAGCUGGUGGUACGGAAGUACUAUUACGAGAGUGUUCAUUGCGCGUUACUCGUGUGAUAAUAACACCCGGAAAGCUGAUAUCAAUUUAUCUUUGUUCCCUCGAUUGGCGGGGAGGUUAGAAUUGUAACAAGUUGUUCAAUUAUUUCACAUGACAGACAGAAAUUUUGUUAAACCACAAUUAAUUUAGCACUAAUAAAUUAGAAUAUCAAACAGAAAACGAACACGAGAAUAAAUAAUCAACCACCUAAGUUCGUGCUGAGAAUGAAUUUGUCAUUUGCUGGAUGUGGCUUCCUCGGCAUAUAUCACGUCGGGGUCGCAGUUUGUUUUAAAAAAUACGCGCCUCAUUUACUUCUCGAUAAAAUUAGUGGAGCUUCUGCUGGAGCUAUCGCUGCCUGUUGUCUUCUUCUCGAUUUACCGCUAGGGGAAAUUACAAGCAAUGUCUUGAGAGUUGCUCGCGAAGCUCGUCAGGGAACUUUGGGGCCAUUCAGUCCUUCAUUCAAUGUGCAAGAUAUUUUAUUGGAAGGUUUGACUAAGUUUUUGCCUGAGGAUGCACACUUAAUAGUCAGCGGAAAGCUUCACAUUUCAUUGACCAGGGUCUAUGAUGGAAAAAAUGUUAUUGUUUCACAGUACAACUCUAAAGAUGAUUUAUUGCAGGCGCUGCUGGCCAGUUCGUUUAUACCAUUUUUUUCUGGACUACUGCCACCAAGAUUUCAUGGAAUCAGAUACAUGGAUGGCGGUUUUAGUGAUAAUCUUCCAACUCUUGACGAAAACACAAUUACAGUCAGUCCUUUCUGCGGGGAAAGUGAUAUUUGCCCAAGGGACGUUUCUUCGCAACUAUUUCAUGUCAAUGUUGCAAAUACAAGCAUUGAACUAUCCAAACAAAAUAUAUAUAGGUUUGCCAGGAUACUUUUCCCACCAAAUCCUGAGAUACUUUCUAACAUGUGCAAACAAGGAUUUGAUGAUGCAUUGCGGUUUUUACAUAGAAAUAACUUAAUCAAUUGUACACGUUGUUUAGCUGUGCAGUCAACUUUUGUUGUUUCUGAGACGAUAGAUGAAGGCAUGGAAUAUGAUCCAGAAUGUUUAGAAUGUAAAAUGCAUAGACAGGAAGCAUUGGUUGCCAAUCUACCAGAAACAGUUAUGACAAUAUUUCAAGAUGCGAUAGAUUCUGCGAAUAAGGGAUUAGUCAACUGGCUUUUUAAACACCGGAGUGUAAAACUACUAUCAUUGCUGAGCUUACCUUACGUAAUACCUGCAGAUGUAGUUUAUGCAACAUUUACCAACUUGGUUGGUAAUAAGGUCGAGAGUCGAAUCCUGGAAUACAAAGUAAUUGGCAACAUUCUACAUACCCCCCAGCAGGCGAUUGUUUGCGCUAGGCACCUUUCACCCCCUUCACGAUUCAUUCUGAAUGCCCCAAAACUAAGAAAAAAUCUUGUAGCCAUGGUGAAAUAUGCCUUAGAACAACUCAGUGUCAUAGUUCCGGGUGUGAAUAUCUAUCAUCAACAAAUGGCACAGACAAUCAAGUGUCAGCUAGCUAUCACAGAGUACGGAUCAAACAUAUACGACAUAGAGGCCGCUUAUCCUGAAGAUUCUUACAGAAAACAAAAGACGAAUCUAAACCUGAGGCUUCAUUAUGAUGAACGGCAGUCUUGGAGAGAUUACCGACGGAAGUCGAACUGUGUAGUUAAUAUGGCAGAUUCAACUGGAUUUGACGAUACAUUUGAAAAUAUUCUUCAGGUCACUUCCGAUCAAGAAGCAGUUAUGGUUUGGUAUUACAUGGAUGACAACAACAAAGUGCAGGUCACCGAAAUUUAUGACGUCACUGACACCGAAAAGCACGCGAUUCUCAGCCCUGACGAGGUCGAGGCUAACACAAAAUUGCAAUUCGAUGAGUGGGAUGAACCUACGUGGCUUUCCCAGCACACUUUGGCAGAAGUGACAGAAUCGCUCUACACUGAUGAAGAUCAACACAGUCUCGAAGGUUUAUCUGAUGUAUCACUGGAAGAUGACUUGCUAGAUAAAGAUGGCUCCAAUAUUUUCUCCGACCCAGAAAGUGAAUGGGGAAUGGGAAAGAGUGCUGUAAUCCAUCUCGAAUCCCCAUCUAGCCCACCAGAUAGUAGACCAGAGGUAGAUCAGCCAUCAACAUCAAAUUUUUAAUUAUAGAAUUAUGAAUAUUAAAUUAUUGUAACGGACCAAACAGACUUUUUUUUUGUAGCUCUACAUGACUUAUUUAUAUUGACAAUAUUAGCUGCGACAUUGAUGUACUUUUCUGCAUUUGAAUAUGUUUCCAUAUUUUGAGCUCGCACUUUCAGAGUCGCACAUGACUAUAUGGAGAAAAGACUACAUUUUAGUAAAAAUAUUCUAGUGCAAACGACUUCCCAACACGAUUAAUGAAAUUGUAGUUUCGAUCAUAAAAGAGAUCUAUCGUUUUUUAAUAUGUUGGGAAACAUAAAGUUUGAAAGUGAGAAAAAGAGAACUGAAUAAACUGAUGAACUAAAUGAUUUGAAAAAAUUCGUCACCAAAUGACAGUAGUGCACGAUUCUUUCCUGAUAAUGAUGUGAAGGAAAUUAAUAAUUGCAUUAAUAUCCGUGGCUUGUUCGAUAAUAGAUUGUAAUAGUGAAUUGUACGAUCAAUAAUUGCACUGAAGAAGAAGCUGUAAAUAUUUUACAUAGUUCCCAAUUCAUGUUACUGGAACAAUGAUGAAUUUCACAAAGCCUUUUCAUUAUCGUAUUACUUUGUGGAUAUCAAGUUUCCAGUAAUGGUUUUAUAAUCAUGGUUGUUAGAUUCAUUUUUAUAACUUUUGUAAAUAUUUACCUAGGUACACUUUAAUUUUUAUUUAAUAAUUUAAUUGCGCUGGUUACUAUACAUACUUAACGAUGGAGUGGGUGUGUAAGAUUUGUGAUUUGAUUGGCCUCGACAGAUUCCUAGUGGAAAAACUGAAGUUAGUGCCAGUCCAUAAGUAUCAUAUCAAAGUAUUAUAAUAUAUUUACACUAAACCAUGGUUUAUACUCACGUAUGUAGUCAAUACGUUCGUGAGAACAUAUGACAUUGCGUUUAGCAAUUGCUGGUAUGGGGUAGAAAUUCAUUCAAAAAAAAAAAGAGCUGCACCCACUACGAGGUUGAUUGAAUAGUAACGUGUUACUUUAUAGAGAUGAGAUAGACAAUCACCUGCUUAGCUAUUCAAGUAUAAUUUAUUUUUUCUAUCCAGUGCUGUACUUGCUACUACAAACCUAUUCCUUAGAAAUUAUCGAAUUUUUGUAUAUACUUUGUUUUAUGAAAGAAAUAGUUAUGCUCUUGUUGAUUCAUGUCAUAUUCAAACUAUGGGUAUACUGCAUUCAGAAAUUAGUCACUCAGAUGACAUUAUAAAAUAUGUUUCAUUUUCGUGAUUAUAUUCUAUUGAAAACUUUGUACUUACUCGCUUCAAGACGUUCAAAUAUUCCAAAUGAUUUGGUAAGAUAUUGAACGUUGUCAUGUUAUAGUAUAUAUUUACUGUAUAGAUUUAUUGUGUUGAAAACAAAAUUUUAUGAACAUAUAAAAAUUAUAACUUUUGC